GAAACCGUCACUUUCACAUAUUUUCUUCUCCAUGAUUUGUAGAUCUCAAACGUGUCUUCUCGAACAAUUUCGGUGACCAUACUUAUCACGUAUUCCGAUUUCGAGCCGCACUUCAGCGUCUCCUCACCUGUUGCCGCCUAUUGGGUUACCCACAGACAGACAGCCACACAUACACACAUACAUACGUGGUCUUGUAAAUAUUCGGUCGACGCAGGUGGCACCGAAUUUAGGCAAACAUGGGCCCACGAAAGAACAACGCCGCUGCCGCCGGCAAGGAUGACGGCUCUGCGAUGGGGAAAAUGCGAAAGAUCAAUCCAGCAGGGGCGAGCACGAGCACAACCGGUAACAGCACCAGCAACCGACACCUCAACACCAAAGCCGCUGUCGACGAUAUCGGCUACACGAACGAGGAGCGUGCCUUUUUAGAGUCCCAGCUGACGCUCUUCCAGUCCAGUAAGAACAUGAAUGAGGCCAACACCAGCAGCAACGCAGCCAGGACCGAUUUUGCUGCGAUGACGAAGGAACGAUGGCUGACGGGCCUGCCGCUGCUUCUCUCCGCAACGGAGAAGCUGCUUCAAGCGGCAGCGGAGCAGUACCAAAUAACGUGCAAGAAUAGAGCCGCUGCUGCCGCUGCUGCUGCGGCGACGCAACGAGCGGCGGGUGGCGCCGGUCCGACUUCCUUGCCGCCGAUCAACACGCAUGAGAAGGAAGCCAGCUUUUCGGACGUUGGGAAACCUACGCCCGGUAUCGGGAGCAACAAUUUGUCGAUCACCGACGGAGCGCUGCCGGCGAUGAAUGCGAGUUCAGCUGCACCGCGACCCACCCCUGCUGCCGGCACCGCGGCGCAGUUCACUGAGGAGAAUGCGUACAUUCGCUCUCAGGCGCAGCAGCUGCAGUGGUACCCCUUUACCUAUCAACGUUGGCUGGAAUUGUUGCUUGAGCCCGGGAAGUACCACACCGCGAAGGAUGAAGGCCGGCUUCGGGGUGAUGCCAUUCAGGCGUCGCUGCGCCGGUGCAUCUUAGUUACCUACCCCGCUGUUGAGGGUGGGGACUUCAUCUAG